AUGGACGACUGGGCUGUAGCUCUUAUACUAAUUGGAAUGAGCGUCCUGGUUGCUGCCGGACUCGUGGGACUGUGCCGGAUGUUGGGCGGCUGGACAUAUCUAUUCGCAUUAGCCACUGGCAACAAGGAAGAAAGAACAAUGUUGGCGACGCACGAGGAACUCGGAUCCAAUGGCUAUUUAGCUUACCCACCCCACACAUAUCCGACAUCGAAUUCAGUCCGACCCCCCUUCAUACCUCAGCAGAGCUUCAGCGACAGUUUGAAAGCAGUGGAGGUCAUCGGAGUGCCCAGUCAUGACGUGCCCGCCAUUCCACCACCCCCAGUCACAGAACCGCGCCGUUUCUCGUUGGACAUCGCUCGGAGGUCUAGCAUCGACACUGAUCUUCCAGAUGUACUGGUUGAAGGAGGUUCAAAUGGAAAACUUCAAAGAGCCAUGUCUUGUGAUAGCGUAUGCUCUGAUACUUCUGUCGUUUUGGAUACCCUCGAAUCUCCACAUCACAUAGGAGAGCUUGAAGUUGGCUUGGAAUACUCCAGCAAAAGUGAAGAGCUUAUCGUGAACAUAGUGCAGGCUCGAGGUCUGACAGCUUUCGAUUCAACGACGGCGAAAGUGGACAGCUACGUGCGGGUCAGCUUGCAGCCUGAUGAAUCCACCAUCAUGCAAACUGCGCUGAACCGUGGUAAUAAAGAUCCUGUAUAUAGUGAGAGAUUUACGUUUACUGCUCCAAGAAGUACGUUAGGAGAACGAACUUUGAAGUGCGUUACUUACACUUGCGAUAAGUACAGCAACAACAUCUUGGGUCAAGUCGAAAUUAAAAUUUCAGAGAUUGAUCUUCAACAGCCUUAUCGAGCCUGGCUUCCUCUAGUCGAUAACCAAAAGAAAACCAUCGGUUGUGGCGAAUUACUAUUUUCUUUAAGUUACUUGCCUACUGCUGAAAGGCUGACCGUGGUGGUUGUAAAAGCUAGAAACCUAAUGUGGGGAGAUGGCAAAGAAUCUGCUGAUCCUUUCGUGAAAAUCUACCUUUUACAAAAAGGGAAGAAGAUUAGCAAGAAAAAGACUUCCAUUAAAAAAGGAGACAGAAAUCCAGUGUUCAAUGAAGCGAUGAUAUUUUCAGUACCAGCUGCAGCACUUCAGAAUAUACAACUUCGUCUCACGCUGGCAGAGUACCAGUCGGAGGGUAAAACACCAGCAGUAGGCCACAUAUUUGUGGGGCCUCAUUGCUCGGGCAAGCAACUUUCUCACUGGAAUCAAAUGAUAUCUGCUCCGAGGCGGCCAAUCGCAAUGUGGCAUCCAUUGAAGAAAAGAGACGGAUAACAAGUGACAAUCUUAUUCCACUGUGUCUGUGUAUCUAUCUCAAAGAUGUUGAAUGUGGAGGAAAAUAAUCUCUUGUCAAUGAAGGCUUCCCUUCAGUGUUCAUCUGUGGCGUUUCAGCUGUUUUGCUGGAGUAUGUUAGAAGUUCAAACAAAAUAGCUUCUAUUUUUUUAACCUCGGUUCCCGGAAGAAAGUAAGAAAAUUAGAAAAUGACUAAGUAGGAAUACCUUUUUAAACUUUGAUGCCAAAUACAUCAAAUGCGUAAGAAUUCUUUCUAAGACAUUUAUAUGGACUAUAUUUCGCAGCGUGAUUUGAACUUCAGUUCCAACAAAAAUGAAGCUCAAAACUAGAUUCAUGUUUUAACAGCUCUAGCUAAACUUAAAGCCCGAAGUUAAAAUUAAUACUGAGUAUUACAAUUCUGUAAUACAUGUCAGGCUAAGAUUUCAAAUUUAUAUUUAAGAUCAAAAAACAUACAAGAAAAUGUACUUGGAAAGAGGAAAAAAGUUUGAAAAUAUAUCUUAGUUCAAACAUUCUGAGAUCUAAAUUGCAUAGAAAAUUUUAAUCAAGUUGAUUUAUUU